AUGUCUGCCAAAGAGGAGCUUACAGUGGAGACGAAUGACAAUGAAAUACGUGAGCUGAAUCCUUCUGCAUUGCAAGCGUAUUUCCUGGAUACACCCUUUGAUAUUCACAAGUUUGUUGAAGAGAGAGAGGCAGAAUUCCAAGAAGUCCGCAAACAGAUGCAGAAGAGUUACAACCCUGCCAUGAGAAAUGAACACAAUAGAUUAAAGUCUUUCUUGUCCUAUAAGUCUUACUCAUCAUGGGCUUUCACAGAAAUGGCAGCUGCUGGAUUUUAUCACACGCUUGUUAAAUCCAGUGUGCAGUGUUUUUGCUGUGGGUUAGUUUUAUUUACCAUGAAGGUUAGAUACACCCCAUACGAACAGCACAAGAAAUUUAGUCCCACUUGUGAAUUUGUCCUGGGCAAAGAGGUGGGUAAUAUUUCAAAGUAUGACGUACGUGUUCAGAAGUUGGAAAAGAACGCAGCAGGCCAUGCCUGCAGGUACAGCGCAGAGGACACGAGGCUGCAGUCCUUCGACGGAUGGCCAUUCUAUGCCAGAGGAACAAAGCCUGAUUCCCUUGCCAGAGCUGGGUUUUUCUUUACAGGCAAGAAAGAUACAGUGCAGUGUUUUGCUUGUGGUGGAUGUCUGGGAAAUUGGGAAGAUGGUGAUGAUCCUUGGAGAGAACAUGCUAAAUGGUUUCCUGAGUGUGAAUUCCUUAAAAGUAAGAAAUCAAGCAAGGAAAUUAAAAAUUACAUUGAAACCUACAGUGGAUUUGUUGGAGUGGUGGGGAGGCAUUUCACAGCUUCCUUUAUCAAGGAGAAUUUAUCUACUUCAACAGGUGAUCUCGUCUUGAACAUCUUUGAGGAUGAAGGAGUUCGACUGGACUCUUUUAAAACUUGGCCAGCAGAAGCCCGUGUUGAAGCCACCGCCCUUGCUAAAGCUGGGUUUUUCUAUAGAGGAGAAGGUGAUAGCGUACAGUGCUUCAACUGUGCAGGUUGCUUACGUGAAUGGGACGAAGGUGAUGAUCCAAUGGAAGAGCAUGCAAAAUGGUUCCCUGAUUCCAACUGCUUGGAAGUACUUGGAAAGUCACUGGAAGAACAACCAGAGAGCCCAUCAACAUUACAGUCUGCACAGCAAACUCCCUGUAAAGCAGAUCUUGAAGAGAAAGCAACGCUACAUCCUGUAGGAGCUGAAUCAACUGUUCACUACGUUUUAGGAUUUAAUGUCAUCCUUUUUGCAGACACAACACUUGUUGAAAGUCAGUGUCUUGAAGAAGCAAAGAACUUGACUGAACAACUUGCAAAAGCUUACAACAAUAAGAGCUUCAGCAAAUUGUUUUCCUUUGGGAACUCAAACCACUUGGCUAUUGACUUGAAAUUACUCUAUGGGGACCUGUCAGUUGUCUCAAAGGAUAUUAAUGAUCAGCCAAUACAGCAUCUCUUUCUUCAUGAAAUCCUUGCGAACCUUGACUCCACUAUUGUGCUGGAAGGUGAAGCAGGAAGUGGAAAAACAGCAUUGCUCAGGAAAAUAGCUCUUCUUUGGGCCUCAGGCUGCUGCCCCAUCCUGAGAAGGUUUAAGUUUGUAUUUUAUCUCUCCCUGACUAAUGCACAAUCAGAUCAGAGCAUGGCUGAUAUUAUAUGCAAUCAACCAGUAGGAUUUGUGGGACCAUUAACAGAAACAACUCUAAGAGAUGUAAUUCAGCCACUGAAAAACCAGGUCUUAUUUCUUUUGGAUGACUAUAGUGAGAUGGAUUCAGUGCCCCAAACUGUAGAAGAACUUAUACAAAGGAACCAUCUCUACCAGCACUGUUUGGUUGUUGCUGUCCGUACUAACAGGACGAGAGAAAUUCGCAAGUAUGCAACCACCACUUUAAGCAUUGCAGAGUUCCCUCUGUCCAGCACUCUGUAUGUACUAAAGAAAUUGUUCUCCUACAAUAUUGUCCUUGUGGAGCAACUUCUGCGUCAGGUGGCAUUUGAAAAGUCUAUGGAGACCAUUCUAAAGACACCACUUCUUAUGGUGUCUCUCGCUGCGUAUUGGGUACAGCACCCAAAGGGUAACAUAAUCAGUGAUAAGGCUAUUUUUAAAGCCUAUCUGCUCUAUCACUUACUAAAAUACAGUGAAAACAGAGAACAUGUACUGGCUAUGUUUUCCUCAUGUGGUGAGCUUGCCUUAACCGGUGUUUUCAAGCCAUCCUUUGAUUUCACUGAGCGUGAUCUAGCUGAAGCGGGAGUUGAUGGAGAUGAAGCUGUUAGGCUGGGUUUACUGAGCAAAUUUACUGCUCAAAGGCUUCAUCCAAUUUACAAAUUCUUUCACCCCUUGUUCCAGGAGUUUCUUGCAGGGAGAAGACUGAGUGAGCUCCUGGUUUCUGAUGAAAAAGAAAAAUUGGAGCGAGGGCUGCAGUACUUGCAGCAAAUCAACACAUUUAGAAAAGUUGCUGGGCGCUAUAAUUUUUUAUUGCAUUACACUUGCAGCUUGUCUUCCAAAGCAGUCCCCCAAAUUAUAUCCUAUUUAUUUAAACUGACUGACUGCAAGGGGUCAUUGGAAAGCCAGUCAGAAAAUGAUGAACACCUGGAGCACCAUUCAGACCUUCCAAUGAGAAUGUCAUUAAUUGAUCACUUAAGUUUUUUUGAUCCAAAACUGCUUCUUCCAGUUUUCAUGCAGUAUUUACUGAACUUUGCAACUUCUGUAGUUUAUGAGACUAAUACUGUCUCUGCGUGUGCCCCAAUCAUUUUUAAUUUCCUAAGAGGCAAAGAUAUUUCGUUAAGUUCAUUUUUCUCACCACAAAAAUCUAAGUUGCGUUUUUUUCAGGAUUACCCAGAAUCGCUGUCUCUACCUAGUAGUUUUCAGGUUUCAGUACAAGGAAGUGAACACAAACAAGAUCCUGAUAUACGUGAAAUAGGUGCUUGCUAUUCUUCACUGGAGAUUCCAACAAUCGACCGAGAUUAUGCUCCUGCAUUUACACAUUGUAAUGACAGGGCACAAAAAAUGGAAGAAGAAUUAAAACAAAUUAACACAUUUCGUUCGCUGAUACAAAGACAUCUACCAGACUCCAUUGUGCGUCCUUUCCUAUUUACAACAGGGAAGAUGCGGCUUUUAAAAUGUACAUUCAGCAACAUCAGUUCUUUUCAGGAAGCUGACCUCAGAAAUUUGACAACACUGUUUUCCAUUUCGGAUUAUAUUGAACUUCAGCUGAAUAACAGUCCUGGAUUCAUAGAAGUUAUCCGACCCGCUAUUGAAGAGUACAAGGAACAUUUUAAAAAAUGUAGUCUACAUCAUCUUAACUUGAGCAAAACAGAGCAAGAAUUACUUCUCUCGAUGUCUUUUGUGGAAUGUCUUGAGAUAGAAGAAAAAGAAGUGCCAGAACUACUUUUUUCAAAUUUGGACAAAUUCAUCUGCCUGGAGGAAUUGUCAGUGAGGCAAUGUGAGAACUGCGAUGUAUUUGAUACAAUACCUGAUGGCUUCAAAAAUCUCUGUAAGAUGAAGAAAUUGUUGGUGAGCAGAAACAAGCUUGAAAACAGCUCUAGACUGGCUGCUGCUCUGCCCAAUUUUGUCUCUCUCAAAGUGUUGAAUCUUGAAAACCAGGCUUUUGAUGACAAGGAAGCUUGUGAAAUCUUUGCAUACAGUUUAGGUGGUGUUCUUAACCUGGAGGAGCUCAUCCUUCCUGCAGGGAAGGGAAUAAAGUCUGCAGCCAAACUGAUUGUUCAGCAGUGCCUACACCUGCUGCACCUCAGAUACUUCUCAUUUAGCCUAUGUCUGGAUGAUGACAGCCUAUUAGAGAUAGCUAAGGUUGCAAACUGUGGAGCUUUCCAGAAGCUUGAAAUGCUCUCACUGUCAGGAAAUCAUAACAUUACAGAAACUGCUUGGAGAAACUUCUUUAGAACACUUGAUAACAUGCCUGCUUUAAAAGAGCUGAACAUUAACCGUAUGUUCACACAUCAGAUCAAAGCCAGUGCAUCAACAGUGACAGCAUUUGUCCAGUGUGUUUCUCGACUGCCUGGUCUUGUGACAAUAGCAAUGCUGGGCUGGCUCCUUGAUGCAGAGGACCUUAAAAUGUUUGAUAUCAUGAAGGAGCAACAUCCCCAGUCUAGGAGUUUAAAAUUAUUUUGGCAAUGGCUCUUGCCAUUUUCACCAAUUCUUCAAGACUAG